AUGGCUCGGCAAAUCCCAGCCCAAUCUCACGCCUUCUCCAUCCCCGAAAUCUUCGAACUCAUCCUCCUCAAUUUGGACAUCCGCACCCUCCUCACAAAAGCAACCCGAAUCUGCCACACUUGGUCCCAUUUCAUCAACUCCUCCCCACGCAUUCAAUGGGCCCUGUUCUUUCGGCCCCUUGACAAUGCAUUGAAUAAACCAAAGACCCAGAACCCAUUGCUAGCAGAGACCUUCCCGUCGAUCUUCCACCAAUCCGGGUAUAGCACUGGACGAAAUACUACAAGGAAUGAUACCGAUCCCGAUACCAAUACCAAUGCAGCAAAUGAAAAGGUCAUACUCAAUCUCACAUUCACCACCUUCGACAUGGUCCGGAAUCCCCACAAGUGGGACGCAUACAUCAGGCCAGAAGCCAGCUGGCGCCGUAUGCUGGUCCAGCAGCCGCCUGUGUAUACGCUGUCACUGCUAAGGAGUAAUGUCGGCCAUGGCGGGCAGUAUUUGUAUAUUUAUGAGUCGUUGGACGACCAAAGAGAACCAGCUGGUGGCCUGCGAAUGGAUGUCAUCUUCGAAGCACUUGUCUUCGGCGAUAGGUGGGAUCAGGAUGAAUACUCCGCAACGACGAUGGCCUGGGGAAGAGAAUACCUCCCUAAACGGGUUCGUGGGGACUUGGAGCUUUUUGGUGUCUCAGAUCUGGACUUAAUGUUUUAUACUAGGUUAGGAGAAACGUCCAGGGGUCGUGGUUAUCAGGCAAGUCUGGGAAUGGAAUGUGAUGUUGCGAAGGAAUGUGAUGUUGUAAAGGAUGUCAAGGCGGCGUACACUAGGCUGGGAAUGAAGCCGAAGUACUCGGAUGAGGUUUUCUUGAGAGGACGGAAGACUUGGGGCUCACUAUGGGAUUAG